AUGUUUGGCGAUUCUUAUGGGUUUCAUCAACUUUCGAUUCGAAAACACGCAUGCAGAUUACGUUAUAUAUUGCAUCAAUUAAAUAGUGGGCAACUUUCCACAGAUGACCUUAAAAAGAAUCUGGAAUAUGCCACUUUGCUUCUUGAAACAGCAUACAUUGACGAGACAAGACGUAUCUGUGAUGAAGAUGAUGACCUGGCGGAUAUGACUCCAGAAACGGUUCCUAAUGAAGUGCGUGAAUGGCUAGCAGCAACUUUUACUCGACAAGCAGUACAUUCGGGAAGGGAAAAGCCAAAAUUUAAAUCCGUUGCUAACGCUAUCCUUACGGGAAUUUUUUUCGACAAGAUGUUCCGAAGAACACAAGUCUCUCUAUUUCCAUUACCACCUGAAAUUCGAGCAUCUUUGAAGGAUUUGGAUAGCUGGUCAUUUGAUUGCUUUCAUUUGAACGAAGUAUCAGAAGGCCAUGCAUUAAAAUAUGUCGCUCUGGAAAUUUUUAAUCGUUAUCACUUCUUUGAUCGUUUCAAGAUUCCUCAACAAACUCUUGAAAAUUUUGUUGCUGCUCUUGAAAUUGGCUACAAUAUUCAUAAUAAUCCUUAUCAUAAUAUUGUACAUGCCGCUGAUGUAACCGUUUCAUCUCAUUUUAUGCUAUCACAAACUGGUUUAGCAACAAGUUUAACUGAUUUGGAUGCACUUGCAGUAAUAUUUGGCGCAAUGAUCCAUGAUUAUGAGCAUACUGGACAUACAAACAACUUCCAUAUACAAUCCGGUUCAAAUUAUGCAUUGCUAUACAACGAUAGAAGUGUGUUAGAGAAUCAUCACGUAAGUGCGUGUUUUCGAUUAUUAAAAGACGAUGAUAAAAAUAUCACGAAAGGAUUGACCAAAGAUGAAUUCAGAGAGUUGCGUAAUAUGGUAAUUGAAAUAGUACUUGCAACGGAUAUGUCAACCCAUUUUUUGCAGAUCAAAACUAUGAAGAAUAUGUUGUCGUUGCCAGAAGGCAUUGAUAAAACAAAAGCGCUUUGCCUAAUAGUUCACGCGUGUGACAUAUCACAUGCGUCGAAACCUUGGCAGUUGCAUUCUCGAUGGACUGAAGGUGUUCUCGAAGAAUUCUUUCGUCAAGGUGAUCUUGAAGCAAGCAUGGGCUUACCGUAUUCGCCACUUUGCGACAGAAAUACCGUACAUAUUGCGGACUCGCAGAUCGGGUUUAUUGACUUCAUCGUUGAACCAACAAUGGCCAUAUGUAGUGAAUUAUUAACAAAAAUGGUUGAACCAUUAGUAUCCUUAUCUUCAGCAGAUACUAUUUUGCCGCCUGAAAAUGAAGUUACGUGUAUUGAUGAGACCUGUUCUUCAUCUGAGACACAAAAAAUAAGCAUGAGUGGAACAAGUAACUCAUAUCGUUCUGUACCGUUGGAUCACGCUGGUAAAUUAGACGUGCCAAAUCCAUGGAAUGAAUUCAUGCGAGAUAAUAAGGCACGAUGGAAAGAACGAUCUGCAAAAGAAGAAGAAGAACGAAAGCAAAAUAUGUAG